AACCUCCUCUCUCCUCUCUCUCUCUCUCUCUCUCUCUCUCUCUCACUUCCAACAACAACAAAACAGAACAAAAAUGCCUAUAUCACAUUAGCAGUUCUGUAUGUUGAUUGUCUGAGGGUUCAGAAAUUUCAAAAUCUUUUUUGGGUUUUGAAUUUGAGAUGGAAAGGCUCAAUUUUGUAAGAAAUGGUGUCUUAAAGCUGCCUCCUGGUUUUCGUUUCUAUCCAACAGAUGAAGAACUCGUGGUUCAGUAUUUGACAAGAAAGACCUUCUUAUGUCCAUUGCCUGCUUCCAUUAUCCCUGAGGUUGAUGUCUGCAAGUCUGAUCCAUGGGAUUUACCAGGUGAAUUAGAUAAAGAGAGAUACUUCUUCAGCACGAAAGAAGCUAAAUACCCAAAUGGGAACAGAUCAAAUAGAGCAACAAAUUCUGGGUAUUGGAAGGCAACAGGAAUCGACAAAAGGGUUCUUACUUCCAAAGGAAACCAACUUGUGGGUAUGAAGAAAACUCUUGUUUUUUACAGAGGAAAGCCUCCAAAUGGUUCUAGGACCGAUUGGAUCAUGCACGAAUAUCGUCUUGUUGAUGCUCAUAGUCAUGAACCCGUCGCCACUAAGAUCCAACCUUCAGAGAACCCUGUUGCGUCUUCAAUGGAGAAUUGGGUUCUUUGCCGCAUAUUUUUGAAGAAGAGAGGAGGAGGAGGAGGAGGCCAUGAAAAGACUAUGAUAAUGAAGGAAAACAUAAAAAUGGGAAAAAACAACCCUGUUUUCUAUGAUUUCAUGGCAAAAGAAGAAGAAAGGGCUGAUCUGAAUCUGGCACCUGCUUCGUCUUCAUCGGAUUCAAGUGGAAUCACGACAGAUGAUCAUCAUCACCACGAAGAAAGCAGUAGCUGCGAUGCUUUUUCCCCUUUCAAAAGAAAAAGAAAAAACUGAUCAUAAUUAAUUAUCUUUAUAUAUAUAUUUGUUUCAUUAUAAUAAGCUGAUCGAGAAGUGUGGUGACACCAUGAAUAUCAAAUAUCAAUGACCUAAUUAGAGUCUGGUGCCAUAUCA